AACAAAAUUGACAGAUCUCGUGUUCGACAUAAACAAAUUAAAAAUUCUCAGUAUUCACAAUGGACAAGAAAACAAAUAAACCUGAAAGCGAUAGGAAAUUUGAAAACAAAAUUUUAAAAGAUAGAGGUGACAAUACACGUAAACGGGACAAAUCUAAAACUGGUGAUGAAUUUGAAAAACCAUUUCCAGAUAGAGGCGAUACAGACAAAGCUAAGGACGAGAAAAAUAAACCAAACGAUAGAAAAGUAGAGGAAUUUAAAACGAGAUUAAGCGCACGUAAUCUUAAUUUUCAAACUAAUAACGAAAGAAAUGUAUUGAAGAAAAUGGAUAAAAGCCAAGUAAAUCCAAUGCAUUCGACUGUAAUAGACAGACGGACAAUUAAAGAGAAAUAUACUUUUAAUAAUCAUUACAGAGCGGUUAAUAAUGCAAAUAAUAAUAAUAAUAGAAAUGAUGUAAAUAAAGUCCAUUUGGAGAGGCCGUUGAAUAGUGACUUGAAAACAGAUCGAUCUUUUAAGAAAAUCAACGAAGCCCAUAAUGACAAGAACGAUUCGUCGGACGUUUCCAAGAAAUCCGAAAAUAAUAAACCGGAAAAAGUGAUAUCUGUACAAAAGAGGCCAAUAAUAAACACAGUAAUAUGCAAAAAUGAUGCAACCAAAGUAUACAAGGCGGUGACAUUCGCCGAGCAUAGGAAAAGACAAAAGUUACAGCCAAUACAAAUCAAUAUUCCAAACGACGCAUCCAAAAAGUCCAGAACUAAAAUAGAACUUCCGAAGAAUCAGACGAAAACAACUCUAAGUAGGAUUAGUGUACAAGAAAAACCCAUAAGCAGAAAACCUAACCAUAAAAAACGGGAGAGGAAAUUCAAAAACGCACAGUCGCCGGAUCCUUCGUUGAGAAACCAUUCGCCGCCGACAGAGGUCGCUAAAUGGGCGCCAAAUUGUAUAAAUAGCCACACUAAACAAUACUAUGAGGCGUGGGUUGACACAACAUUGGCAGCUGUAAUGAAACGAUCCGAAAAAGACAAACUGUUUUUGGAAAAACAACGCUUUCUUGAGACAUUCCAGAGGGCGUUAGCAGAAAGACCAAUAACUCCAGAUUUGAUUUACGAAAAUCUAACUGAUGAAAGGUAUAUAGGAAGAAUUAGAGUAAGACAGAAGUAGCAUACCGUAUUUUGUACCGUUUCGUAAUUCUAGAAAGAAGAAAGCAUUUAACAUUUGCAGUCUAGCCUCCUUAUUUAUAAAACAUCAAACCUCUCAUUAACCUAUUUUAGCUACUGAACUGUUUUGUCUCUUUCUUUGACACUAAGUUCCCAAUUUGAUAGUAAGUGACAAAACAGUGUGAUAGAUUUAUAGAACAAAACAUAGAAUAGAAUAACACUUAUAUCAAAACUUACAAAUUAUAUUAUCAAGAGUCUACGUUACCAUCAGUCCCCAAACUAUCUUAUAAUCGCAUAUGGGGUCAGCUAAGCCAUUGCACGUCGACCCAUCGGGAUCUUUUGUGCUUCCCCUUGCCUUAUACCAUUAUUUCAAAGAUCCUUUGUGUUACUUUAACUAUAUCCCGCGGUUUAAGAUAUCUGUAGUCCCCUGGCUCUGGAUAAGCCGUUCCCAGUAGACUCAUGCGCAUGCUCGUUAACGAAUCACAGUUCAG